AUGGGGAUCAGUGCCCUCUUACCCGCGCUCAAGUCCAUCGAGCGCGCCGCGCACGUGGGUGACGCGUACGGGGGCGCAAAGGUGUGCGUCGAUGCCUACGUGUGGCUCCAUCGCGGCGCCUACGCGUGCUCCAGGGAGCUGUGUGAGGGCGUGAAGACGACGAAACACGUCGAGUACUUCGUGAACAGGGCUCGUGGGUUGAGGCGAAGCGGCGUGGAGGCGGUGUUCGUGUUCGACGGCGGGCGAUUGCCGGGAAAGGCGGCGGAGGAGGCGCAGCGGAGACGAAACAGACGCGAGGCGUUGGAUAAGGCGAAGACGCACGCGAGGAACGGGAACGCGAGCGCGGCGAACGAGUGUUACGUUCGAGCGGUAGAUGUGACGCCGGAGAUGGCGAGGGAGGUGAUUGAGGCGCUGGAAAGGGAGGGUUUCGAGUGUUUGACGGCGCCGUACGAGGCGGACGCGCAAAUGGCGUAUCUGGUGAAGCAUGGAUUCGUCUCGGCGGUGAUCACGGAGGAUAGCGAUCUCAUAGCGCACGGGUGCAAGAGCGUGUUCACGAAGAUGAGUCCGGAUGGUUCGGGGAUCGAGAUCCGGUUCGAGGAGUUGGGGAAGAACCGCGGGAUGAGUUUCGUCGGUUUCACGCCGCAAAUGUUUCUGGAGAUGUGCGUGUUGAGCGGAUGUGAUUACCUCCCUUCGCUCGCGGGCGUCGGGCUGAAGAAGGCGCACAGUUUAAUCCGACGGUUCAAGACGUAUAACAAGGUCCUCCGUCACAUGAAGUUUGAGGGGAUAUCGGUGCCGAAGGACUACGAGGCGCGCUUUGUGGACGCCUUGAUGACCUUCAAAUAUUCGUGGGUGUACUGUCCAAAGAGACAGAAGUUGGUGAAUCUGAACGAUCCGGCGGGCGUUUUAGACGAGAAGACGAUCGCGGACUUGCCACGACUCAUCGGGGGUGUGCCACCCGCCAGAGAUCGCGAGAGCGGUGGCGACUAG